AACCACCGCGUUGUGUCAGCUACAUUUUGUGUGUUGAAACUGUAAACGUUUUGAUUCAUUUAUCAAGUAUAAGCUCGUCAAACUAACUUCGGAGCUCCGACUAUUCCAGGCGGAGGUGCGGGCGGCGGGCGCCCUGCUCUGGCCGCACGGAUGGGCUGGUCAAGCGUCCCCCCUCCCGUCCCGUCCGCUCGCCUCGCGGAUGUAACCCCCCGAGGGAAGGGCGGGCGGGGGGCGGCCCGUGGUUGCGUGGAGGGGGGCCAGCGUCCCGGCACCGGGGCCGCGUCGCCGCGCCGGGCGCCGUGUGCUGCGCGUCCCAGUGGCCAGCCGCCCGUUGUCCAACAUGACUGUCACCACCGAGUCUGAGCCUCUCCUCGACGACGGAGGAGGCCGCAGGCCGCCGUCGACCACGGAGCGAAGCCGACGGAAUGGCGGACUCUGGUGGUCGUCUGACUCCACGACCAACAUCGGAGGCAAGGGCUACGGCAGCGUCGGCAACGGGAACGGCGACAAGAGCAGCUACGGCGCGGACGAUAACGGCGUUGGAGGCGAGGGUUGUGGCGGCGGCGGGGGCGGGGGUGACGGCGGGGGCGACGGAGGCGGUGACGGCUGGACCAUCCAGCAGGCACCCUCCGCGCCGCUGACGUACACUUGGACCUCCCUGGACGCGUUCGCCCCCGGGGUGCGCCCCUCCAGGACCCCCUUCAGCCACUGGCUGCGCCGGAGGCCCGCUGCCCCCCGCAAGCACCUGCUCAAAAACGUGUCUGGGGCGGCGCUGCCUGGCGAGGUCCUGGCUAUCAUGGGAGCGAGCGGCGCCGGCAAGACGACCCUGCUGGACGCGCUCACGUUCCGCUCGGACCGGCAGCUGACGGUGACCGGGGCGCGCGCUCUGUCCGGCACCGUGGUCACCAGCAGCCGCGACCUGGCCAACGUGGCGGCCUACGUGCAGCAGCACGACCUGUUCGUGGGCUGGCUCACCGUCAGGGAGCACCUCGUGUUCCAGGCGCUACUGCGAAUGGAACGAAGAAUACCCCGUCGGCAGAGACUGCUCAGAGUGAGAGAGGUGAUGGAAGAGCUUGGACUGACAAAAUGCGAAGACAGCAUUAUUGGUGUACCCGGUAGGGUUAAGGGUAUUUCUGGUGGAGAGAUGAAAAGACUGUCGUUCGCAUCAGAGGUGCUGACGGACCCCACCCUCUUGCUGUGCGACGAACCCACCUCUGGCCUCGACGCGUACAUGGCCCAGACCACCGUGGAGGUGCUCACCCGCCUGGCGCGCCGAGGGAAGACUGUCGUCCUCACCAUCCACCAGCCCUCCUCGGAGGUGUUCGCUCAGUUCGACAAGAUCCUCCUGAUGGCGGAGGGUCGGGUCGCCUUCCUGGGCUCGCCGCAGGAGGCGCAGGACUUCUUCGGCAGGAUCGGCGCGCCCAUUCCCCCAAAGUACAACCCGGCCGACUUCUUCGUGCAGCUGCUCGCCGUGGUGCCGAACGAAGAGGUGACCUCUCGGGACCGGAUCAACCGGGUGUGCGAUGCGUAUGAGCGCUCCGAGCACGCGGCCCGCAGCGCCGCCGUCACAGACUACCCGGUGAAGGGCCUCCCCCCGCUGGAGGGUGGGCGCGCGGGCAGCACGUGGCUGCUGCGCGACCCCAGGUCCUCGUCGCGCUACAAGGCGUCCUGGGCGACGCAGUUCGCCGCGCUGCUGUGGCGCUCGUGGCUGAGCGUGCGCAAGGACCCGCUGCUCGUGCGCGUGCGCGUGCUGCAGACGGCCGUCAUCGCCCUGCUCGUGUCCUUCCUGUACUUCGGCCAGUCGCUGGACCAGACGGGUCUCGUCAACAUCAACGCCGCCCUCUUCACCACCAUCACCAACAUGACGUUUCAGAACGUCCUGGCCGUCAUCAAGGUGUUCUGCACAGAGAGAGCCGUCUUUAAGCGGGAGCACAUGGCCGCCAUGUACCGCGUGGACGCCUACUUCCUGGCCCGCUCUACCGCCGAGCUACCCAUCUUCAUGGCACUCCCCGUCCUCUACACCUGCAUCGUGUACUUCGCCGUGGGCUUCAACGCGGACCCGGUGCGUUUCUUCACGUGCGUGGCCAUCGUCAACCUCAUCGGCCUGGUCGCCACCUCAUUCGGCUAUUUCAUUUCAUGUGCUGCCAACAAUAUGUCAACUGCUCUGUCCACAGGGGCACCAGCUGUAAUACCUCUUCUUUUAUACGGUGGUUUCUUUGUGAACUUAGAUACCAUGCCGUCGUAUUUCUCGUGGAUACAACACAUUUCCUGGUUUCGGUACGGAAACGAAGCUCUUCUAGUCAACCAGUGGCAGGACGUCCCCGAAAUAUCUUGUGCAGGCGCACUGAAUAACAACUCAUGUGUGAGGACUGGGCAUUACGCUCUUCAAGUUUACAGCUUUAAAGAGGGAACUGUGUGGAGUGAUAUUGGCCACCUUGCUCUCUUAAUAUUGUUGUUCCGUAGUCUGGCUCUUGGUUUACUAAUUAUAAAGACUAGAUAAAUAAAUAAAUA